CCAAUCCAAUCCCUCAAGUAGGUGAGCAUGGCGGAUGUUCCUGCAGAUGCCCCGGCGAGUUGCCCCGGCACGCGAAGCGACUGUGCCGGCAAGGCAGCUUCUUGCGCGGGAUGUCCCAAUCAGAGGUUGUGCGCGUCAGGGGCAGCUAGGGGACCGGACCCAGAUAUUGCUGUGAUAGCCCAACGACUAUUGGCAGUAAAACACAUAGUUCUUGUGCUAUCUGGCAAAGGAGGCGUUGGGAAGAGCAGCAUUACUUCCCUUCUGGCCAGUGGACUGGCUCUCUCUGACAAGGAGCCCAAUGUUGCAGUCUUGGAUGUGGACAUCUGCGGUCCGUCGCAGCCAAAGAUAUUGGGCCUUGAAGGUGAACAGGUACACCAAAGUGCUUCUGGAUGGUCUCCCGUGUACACUGAGGAUAACCUGUCGCUCGUAUCCGUUGGCUUCCUCACCGCUCCUGAAGAUGCUGUCAUCUGGAGAGGACCCCGCAAAAAUGGAAUGAUAAAACAGUUCCUUCGAGACGUAGACUGGGGCGACGUGGACUACUUGCUGGUAGACACGCCACCGGGAACGUCCGACGAGCACCUCAGCCUGGCACAAUACCUCAAGGACUGCAACCUCGAUGGUGUCGUACUGGUCACAACACCUCAGGAGGUGUCUCUGCAAGACGUCCGCAAGCAGGUGGGCUUCUGUCGCAAGAUGGGUCUGAGAAUAUUGGGUGUUCUCGAAAACAUGCGUGGCUUCGUCUGCCCAAAAUGUCAGGUACGCAGCGAAAUCUUUCCUCCGACCACCGGAGGUGCAGCUGCUCUGUGCGAAGAACUGGACUUGCCGUUCCUUGGAUCGCUGCCCCUCGACCCACAACUUGCUAAGGCGUGCGACGAAGGAAAGUUGUUCCUGCGGGAGCAUCCUGACUCUCCUGCAGCAGUUGCAUGUAGGGAUGUAGUGCAAAAGCUCUCGACCUUCCUGACUUGACUGAGCCGAAGGUGAAAACCGAAUUUUAUUGUGAUUUAGAUUGUUCGUGGCUGUCGUAAGUUUAGAAAGAUCAUUUUUAACGGCUGAUGCAUUUGAAGCAAACAGCCAGUGUUUGUAAUAUGCAAGUAAGAUUUAUCAUACAUCAUGAUGUAAUGCAUACAUUUUUUUUUUCAGAUCAGUGUUCUACUGUACAGUUCGAAUUGAUUGUAGUUUAAUAUGAUAGAAUGUUUUAAUUUUCAUCUUGAAGAUUUAUUUCCUCAAUUUCAGAGUAGAAUUUUUUGAAUGCAGAUUUGUAAACUGCCUUAAAAACUACAGUUUAUAUCCCAAUGAAUGGUUUUAUGUAAUAAGACAGUGUUAUAGUCACAUGUAGGCCAACCUAAUUAAGCACUUCGGUAAACCAGUCAUGAUUAAUGUUAUACUCGACAGCGUUGUUGUUGUAAGUGAGCUGCUCUGGAACAGCAAAGUGCCAAGGACUGUUUGGUAUCCUGCAUAUACAAAACUAAAUCGGACAUGUGACCAAAAAAAUCAAGCUGCAACUCUCCACAGUGUGUAGCCAAACUCUGAAAGAAACGCUUUAGGCCCAUUUUGUGAAUACGUGCAUAUUUGUUGGAUGCAAACCGGGCAUUUUCUUUUUUGUUCUUUUUGUGGUAGUAGCUCCUCAACGACCUACAAUGGAAGGAAUCAUUUCACAUGCGCUACUGUCCGCCUUCAUUCUUGCAUCACAUUAUAAAUACGCGACUUCUUUUGCAAUAAAAGGACUUAUGAAACAACCUCAAA